AGAGUUGCCCAGAAUUCCGGGUACCGCGAUGUCUACCGGGGUGUCAGGGGCAUCCGCUUCACCGCCCAGGUUGGCCACUCCAUGCGCUUCGGCCACUUCACCUCUACUUCACUUAAGAAGAUUGGUCCGGACACCCUUUUCUAUGUGAAGACUUGUUACGGCGCCCUCAUCAGAAGCUUCUCCAAGUACCCCGAUGAGGAGGAGGUUCUCAUCCCACCCUUCGAGGUCUUCAAAGUCACUGACAUCACCGAUGAUGGCAAAAGUAGAAUUAUCCAUCUCCAUUCCCAGGGAGUGCACAGUAACUACAACUGCGAGUUUGUGGAAGGUAGGAGCAUCCCCACAGAUCCUCCGUGUCUUUGGGGGCUCCUCCUUGCAGCCACGGCCCUG